AUGGCUACCAGCAGUAUCCUUACUAACACCACUACAUCUGAUUUCCUCGCCAGUGAUGGCCCAGACUUUGACGACGAAGAUGGUGAGGUGGAUUAUAUUGAUGAAUUGGACAAUAGCAUUGGCUCUCGAGGAUCUACAGGCAGUGGAGGCCGUCUAUUUUCCACGAAUAUGACUAACAGUGGGUCAGUAUCAGCAGCAUGUGCAAAUGCUACAAGUACUGCUUUAAACUCUAGUUGGAUGCAACAAAUCAUGGAUCGCUCUUGUAAUCCAGAACUUAGAGCCUUACUGAAUCGCACUGCGAGGGCAGUUGACUAUAAGCUUGCUUUCGGUGGAGACUAUAGCCUCGCAUCACCUCUUUCAAGAGCAAACGGUGGCAUUUUAUAUGCUAAUGCUAAAGACGUAAAAAAUAAUGAGCCUUAUUCUGAGGAAAAGCAAUCCAACAUCAUUUUAGCACACAUGAAGCGUUCCGCCAGUCAAGGAAAUUUUUUGGCUACUGCCAGUCUUAGUGGAAUUAGCUCAGACAUUGAUAAGGCCAUUGUAAAAAAAUAUCAAGAUGAAAAUUGCAUGAUUUCUGCUAACGUACGCUCUGUAGGAGUCACAGCCAAUGCUUCUUUAUCAAUUGACCCAUUAGGUCAUAAUUUGGUUAAGUUAGGCAUUCCCGUAAAUGAAACUAAUAAAGUUGACUCAGGACUUUUGCCAUCAAAGAACAUCGAAGCUCAGCCAAGUCAAACCACUACUUGGGCUCGAAAACGUGGUAGCCGCGAAAGCCUGACGCGGAAGCAGACGGGGAUGGAUGCUAUCGCUUUCGUGCCCCCGCCAUCUGAGUGCUUUUCGGAGGAGAGCCAUGCUGAUAAGAUGCCAAAUAUGACGGCUUGGAAAGUUAUGAAACAGGCAGCAAGCAGUAAUCUAACUACUUGGAGCGAAUUGAAAAAGACGGCCAGGCGUUCUAAGAGUACAGAUAUUCAGCAUGCUGUUGACGGCCAUCAGAGUCGCUUAGAUCAGCAUAAGUUGAAUAUUGCAUUUGGUCAUGUAAGUCAAGAACCGGAAUCCAAAGUAGAAGUGGGCGAAACCUUUAUGCCCAACAAUCUGCGUUCGCGAUCUCAACCAACCAGCAUUGAUAUGCAUCGAUUUUCAGGCACUCUUCUGGAGAUAUUUAUGCGAGCUCGGGCCCAGGACAUGCUUUACUCCACUCUAUUUGAUGCAAAACAACGGAGACCUAGCAAUGCAAGUGGACGCCAUUCAUCUGCUGCCUCACCUUCCCUCCACGAGCUUGCAAUCUUGGCAGGAGCUUGUGAUUUGGGGCCUACUCGUACCGAUGCUUGCUCGACGCGUCCGCGAGGUUGGUUUGAUGGACUUUUCUCAAAUAAUUCUUUGUCUGCCGCUUCCACUCACGCAGUCUCAAGUAGUCCGGCUAAUUUCGUCCCAAAAAUCCAGCAACCACUUAUUACCUCCUAUAACCUUAGCAUCCGCGCUCCCACGAGGGCAAAUGUUGCCAGCUCUGGGGCUAUCCGACCUUGCAGCAAUUUUGGCGCUCAAUUCCCUCCUUUGGAUGCCACUGGCAAGGCUCUAUUGGCUGCCAGUGGGGGCUCUCUGCUUCCCGGACCACCGCGUGGCUUUCCUAUCUUUGCGAUUGCACCCGGAUUGACCACUGGCAAGCGAGCCAGUGGUGGAGUUUACUAUCCGACCAGCUCUGCUAGACACCCGAUCAUUCGACAGGCCAGGCCACUUUCAACCAAUGCACUUGGCUCUGGAGGGGGCUUAAGUGCCGCCUUUCAGCCUCUGGCGCCGCAACAGGCCACUGGAGUGAUGGCCUCUUUCUCGAGGCGACGUGCUUCUCAAGGUGGGUUUCAGCCAAAUAGUCCGCUAGCCACCGGACUCGCCUCAAACUCCCUUGGCCUAUCGCCCAGCCUGUUUACAAGGCCAUUAGUCUCUUGUCUCACUGCCUCUGCGGGGCCCGACUCCGCUUGCAUGACUGCAUUGCGACUUGGUGUCCAUCCACAUCACUAUGCGCAUCCGGCGACGGCCGCGGGAGUCGCAACAGGAGCAAGCACGAUGGCGGGCCUUUCAAGCCAUUGCUUUGGUGGGGUCGGCACUCGAAACCCACGGGCUGCAAUCGCUUAUCCGGGCGUCGGGCUUCUGGCGAUUCCUCGGCCAUCUAGGAUGACGGCUUGUGCAUUUCUGUCGCACACGCUACCGGACCUCUCCUUCUUAGGUCAGGCAGCCGCCGAGGAGGACCGAAAGGGCACACCGACCAUGCCCAAACGCAUGGAAGUCAGCGUCACUGAGACGCCAAGCUUUGCUCCUAAUCGCCCGGCCAAGUUCAAUAAACCUGCUCAACCACCCUGUGAAGCCGAAUCCUUGUCGCCAGCUGCCUCGGCGGGCUGUCACCAUGUUUGUCAAAAGUGUGGUGGCUGCUCUCGAUCCGCUUCAGCCUCUGCAAGUCAUCUGGCCACAACUAACACUUCUUCCUCUUCAUCUAGUCUGGUCGCAUCUGGACGUCGUGCCAGUCGGCCCUCUCAGACGGUUUCUGUCGGUCCACGUCGCUCUCAACCGGCCGGUCGUGUGCCAACUUCCUCCAUUGUAGAGGCGUCUGACAGAAAUAAGGCAUUGGAGACAGCCACGAUUUCUGCAGGUGAAUUGCAAGAUAAGCCUGAAUCUGAGAACUUGUCUGGUGGCCUCUUGUUUAAUGAGCGAUAUCGCAGUUUUCCUGAGCUUGCUUUAGCCGUUGCUGGUACUUCUGGUGAGGAGGCACUUCAAGACUGUAAUCGGCUUGCCAUGAUAGAACAUCGGACACCUUGUCGUGCUAAGUUCGACGGCGACUCAAUGCUUCACUCGGAUCCUAUUAAAGUAAGUCAUUUUAAGCCCUUUGACGCUAAUUGCAUAAUUCUUCUGCGCAUAAAUCACUAG